UUAUUUAUUUUGUAGACUCAGUAUUAACUACCGAGCUCUCCUGACUCUAUGGAGUAAUGUUGAAAUUCCAGGAAGUAGUUAAGCAUGGUGCAUCUUUUACACCUAUUUCUACUCACUCUAAGACACUGAUUGCAGGAAGAUACAAUAUUCAUCAAAAACUUGGACGUGGAAGCUUUGGAACGGUCUAUCUGGUUUCUGACAAGAAAGCAAAAGAAGAACAGUUGAAAGUUUUGAAAGAGAUCUCUGUGGGGAACCUUAAGCCAAAUGAAACAGUUGAAGCAAAUUUGGAAGCACAGUUGCUGUCCAGGCUAGACCAUCCAGCCAUUGUUAAAUUCUAUACAAGUUUUGUUGAAGGAGAGAGUUUUUGCAUCAUCACUGAAUACUGUGAGGGUCGAGACCUUGACUUUAAAAUUCAAGAGUACAAAGGAAGUGGCAAAGUAUUCCCUGAAAGCCAAAUAGUAGAAUGGUUUAUACAAUUAUUACUUGGAGUAAACUACCUGCAUGAAAGGCGAAUACUUCAUCGAGAUUUGAAAGCUAAGAAUAUUUUUUUGAAAAAUAAUCUGGUUAAAAUUGGGGACUUUGGAGUUUCUCGCCUCUUGAUGGGAUCCUGUGAUUUAGCAACUACUUUUAUUGGGACACCUUUCUACAUGAGCCCAGAGGCACUGCAACACCAGGGUUAUGACACAAAAUCAGACAUUUGGUCACUUGGAUGCAUUUUGUAUGAGAUAUGUUGUUUGGAUCAUGCAUUUACUGGUCACAGUUUUUUAUCCAUUGUUCUAAAAAUUGUAGAGAGCAAAGUACCUUCUCUUCCAGACAAUUUUCCAAGGGAACUUGAUGCUGUCCUACAUAGUAUGCUUAAUAAGGACCCUUCACUGAGGCCAUCAGCUGCAGAGAUUUUAAGAACUUCAUACGUUGAUAAUCAGUUGCAGAUUAUGAAAUAUAAAAACACAAAUGUGAUUACAAAGGAUUGGAUGUUUAAUUCCCAGGAAGAAGCUGUUCAUAUAAUGAAUGCUGUACAGAAGAAGGUACACCUCCAAACUCUGAGGGCCAUAUCUGAAGUACAGAAAAUGACACCUCGUGAACGGAUGCGAUUGCGGAAAUUAAAUUUAGCUGAUCAAACAGCACAGAAGCUGAAACAGUUGGCUGAAGAAAAAUAUCAAGAAAAUCUCAAAAGAAUGCAAGAACUUAGAUCCCGUAAUUUUCACCAAGUGAAUAUAGAUGUGCUUCACGAAUCUGAUCAGCGCAGUUCAGAACACCUCAUUAAAUCUCAACCUGUCACUACAUUGGACUAUUUCUCCAUAGGAUCUGUGAUUGAAGAUUCCUGUCAGGAUUUAGGCCACAGGAUCCCAGAGGAUCCUCUUACCGCAGAAGAAUAUUAUAAUGAUGCAUUUGAUUCCUGCUCAGAAACAAGCGGAGAAGAGGAUGAGGAAGAGGAAGAAAUGAAUGCAUCACAGACAAUAUGUAGAACACAUCCACAGGACAGUGAUGUUGAAGCAAUGGUCAGAUACAUGGAGAAUAUCGUAAAUACCAGUUCUGUAGGAACUGGAAGUUUCACUGAAGUGACUCCACUGGGACCUGUGGGAUUGAGAGCUCUCAACAAUACUAUGGCAACAACCAAGCUGAGACAUAUGAAGGAAUCAGCCAUUCAAAAAUUGGGAGCAGAAAUUUUUGAAAAAGUAUAUGAGUUCCUCCAACAAGCAAGACAGAGGAAUGCAAGUGAAGAUGAAGUCAAAGAAUACCUUGAAAAAUUGGUGUCUCGGGCAAGUGACUGCUUUGAGGUGGACCAGCUCCUCUAUUUUGAAGACCAGCUGCAAGCCUCAGAAGAUAUUUCAGUGAGACAGUAUAUCUCAGAAUGAAUUUUCUUGCAUUAUCUGAAACCAGUGGAUUCAAUACUGCUCAGUUAGAAGCAAAUACAGUACAUUGUAUGACUAAUGAAUAGCAUGGAGAUACUGUUUGGAAAAAAUGAUGUUAUAGAAUUACCUUCUUAUAUAAAAUCAAAAGCCCUCUUUAGGUCCAAAUGAAGUUGGUGAGAACUUAUUGACUGGUUUCUACAAAAGCAGUUCUGACACUUAGUUGUCAGCAAUUCUUUUCUUAACAAUUGCUAUAUUAUUUUUGGUCUUACUAUGCAUGGUUGAUUUCUCCAAAUGAAGAAGCUGCAUUCAGUAAUCUGAGUUUUAUCUGUGUUUCAACAAGGGAGCAGCACAGGAAGUGGAAGGAUGGAGGGAAAAUAAAAAAAAUGUGUAGUUCUUAUCAUGCAAAGAGUGUGUGAGCAGUUCAAUUUAUUUAAAAUUAGUUAGAUUGCAAAUGUUAUAUACCUAGUAAACAUUUUCACUGUGGAAAAGGGUCUUUGAGAGUGAGGAUAAUUUUUUCUCCGUUCCCACAAACCUGCCAGCCUGCCAGCUUGCCUGCCUUUCUGCUGUUUACAGUGCAAAUAAAUAAACUUUCUUCCUUGUACUUCCUCUUCACAAAACAAAUCACACCUGGCUAUGUGAAGAAGUCACAUAAAGUGUCCUCCAAGUGAAGGUCAGCUCCUGGUGA